GCGGACGCAGGACGACGAGAGAAAGCAGCGUCGUCGUCGUGGUCGAGGAAGAGUUUGCGGUGUCGAGGGCGUUUUCGGGAGGAAGCUUUUUCGGUGAUGGUUGCGACGGAGCUUUUUUGAGAGGGCCGUUAUCCUCUCCGAGAGCCUUUUCACUGCAAUUACACAGAAGCCUUUAUUUAGUGGGUUUCAGGUUGAUAUUCGGCCACACGUGAAGGAUGAUUCCGAUCGCUGCGCUAUCGGUUCUCUGCCUCGCGGCAGUUGGUACCGCCAACGACAUACCCAUCAACUCGUUGCAACUCUUCGCGAUAUCGGUCGUUCCCAAGUACUUCAACUGGACUUCCGAUGAAGGAAGAAACGAUUACGACUACGAGGCGUCCUUGGUAAACUCGCCGGAUCUGCCGCCGUGGAUUCACUACACUUACAGCAAACGGACUCAUCGAGGGUAUCUCUAUGGAGUAGCUCCGAAAGAUCAAAAAAACUUCACGCUGGAAAUCGUCGCACUGAAUAAGAAAACCUACGAAACAAGGACGAAAGUUCUAGAGGUCGUCGUCUCGGAGAACGAGAGCAUUUCGAAAUACCAAGUUCAGCUGAAAGUCAAUUGGAAUGUCGAAGACAUGUUCGAUCACAAUAGGACGGAGACACUCGACGAAAUAUUCAGAAAACAAAUCUGGAAGAACGCAACAGAUCUCCAGCUGACUUUUCUGGCACCAGCCGUGGAAUUGGGCGCGAGAUAUCCUUUGAAACCCGGCGAGGAAGUAGGCUCGAUUCUGAGACUGGGCAGUUCCACGCCCUUCUCCAACGACCUGCAGGGACUGGAGAAGGAAUUGGAGCCGGUGAUGAAGAAGUACACGACCUGUCCUUUCAAGCAGGCCUCUUUCGAUCGGUUCUUCCCCGGAUUCCAGUUCGAUUGGUGCUACUUCAGACUGAUCGAAGAGAGCUACGGCCUGCAGCAAGAAAGCGCGAGGCGCGACAUGAGUGCGAGCAUAAUAUCCGGCGCUGGUCCGGUCCCGGAACGCUCCGAGUGGCGCUGGUCCCAACCGCGAAAAGCAGCCCUUCCCACGCGCAGUUACCGCAAGGAGAUCUUCACCAGCGUCUUCGUACCCGCCCUUCUGCUGCUUCUGCUCGUCGGUUUUUUAAGCGCCGCGCUUUGCCUCCACCACGCCGAGGAUCUGAUAUCGAGCGGAAAGAGGGGCACCCCCUUACUGAUGGACAACGGCGGAACCAACGGCGUACAGAUGAUCCAGUACGCGGCCACCUCCAGCAGCAGAGGAACACUUCGAUCGCUCUCGCAGACUCAACCCUCCUGUAGCCCUACCCUCAGCGACUCGCAAUCGAUCAAUCGCAGUCCUAAAGUCGCCAAAGACCACAGCAGCAACUCUUACGUCCGACCGAAUCCGCCGCCCUACAUCAGCCCCAAUAACUUCGGUGGGACAGGUAUGCGAGCCGAUUUUUGACUAAACGAGGAGCCGGCUCAGACGUGGUUUUGCUGAAGAUCGUCGAGGUGAUUAUUCCCUGAGGUAUAGGCUUCGGGGAAGAAAGCAUCGACGUUAACGAGUUCUAAUAACGAAGACUAUAUUUUGCGUUCGCCGUUAUAUGGUUUUCGCAUCUUACUGCCUCGAUCGCUAUCGGAUUAUUAGACUUGCAAAACGACGUUUAAGUAUCAUCUUUGGAUAUUGAGACUGGCUCCGAAAAAACAAUACGUAGACUUAUAUUGUACCACGAAACGCUCAACCGAACAAUAAAUGCUUCUUCGCACAAGGCCAUUAUUAUAUUGUAUAAGCUGUAGGUGUCACUUUGAGUGGAAUUUUGUAUGUUACGUACAAUUGUAAAAGGUCGAUUUUCAUAUUAUGAUAUCGUUGUAUGCGACGAGUUAUAAAUAAUCGAUUGUGUAGUAGACUAUAAUAUGUUGUGAUAUGCACAAACGUGGGCGUUAUAUCAUAUUUAUAAAAAGGUGUAGAUUUGUAGAGAUAAUAAUAUAAGCGGUAAAAUUGUUCCGUUUGUCGCAGAGUUUUUGUUAUAAUUAUUAUAGCUAUUGUAUAGGGAAAAUAUUAUAUUAUUACGUUGAGGUCUGCAUUGUAUUUAUUAAAACACUUAAUUUAUUAAAUUAUAUUAUUGAAAUAUAUUUGUCAAUAAUGUACAUGAUGACAAUUAUACUUUGAUGAAAUAUACUGCAGUUUAUAAAAA